GAUUAGAGUGCGCAAAGUGGAUCGAGCGGAUCGCGAACGAAGCUGAUGAGGGGAACGCUUCGCGAUUAACGAUGAGAAGUGUGCGAGAGUACGGAUGAGUGGACAAACGGAUGGUGGAAAGAUAUUCCGUGGCAUUAAGGAGAGAAUUCAAUAAUAAAAGGAAAUAAUUAUAGAUUUCUAAUGCAAAUUAUGAUUUCGACGUAUGCGGACGAAGUGACGAUACUCUGUAAAAGCAUAUAAUUAUAUACGACAUAUGAUGUACAGUAAUUGAUGGAAUAAUCUCACGUAAGUGUGGAUUGCGGAUCCGAUUGCGUGGAAACAGCAAAAUUAUGAUAAUAUAGUGUCCCGUUUCUAUUACUUAUUGCUUUUCAGCAUAACGAUAUAAUUCGGUAUUAUUAUAUAAUUAAUUUGUGUAUUUAACUCUGCGUUUAAUACCCGAUGCAGUUCCAUCAAAAUACAGAUAGCGUCAAUUAGAGACGUAUUACAAUCAUCAAAGUAUCCGAAUUAAUCUAAUUAUAAUCUAUUAUAAUCUAUUAUAAUUUUACAGAUUUGUUCGUUACUCACUUGCUUAGCGAUCUACAUAUAUGAAUUCGUGGAAAACUGAAAUGUUAUUUUAGGGAGAAAAAUAUCGGAUAUCAUUACAUUUUAAUGAUACUUGAUAUAAUUCACGGAAAGGAGAAUUUAAUAGGAAUAACGAGAAGAUAUCUUUCAAUGUCGAGACACAAGAAAGUCCGAUGGCCGACUUUAACGACUUAUUAAAAUUUAAUAAAAUCUUGAGAUGUACCUUAUAAGGAGCGUGCACAUGGUGAAAUGCAUACUUUACAUCAGACGUCUGUGAAAUUUCUGCAUGAGAUUAACCAGCUGGUAGAUGGAAUGAGUUUAUCCGAGGCCGUUUUAGACCUCGGUGUUAAUCCCUUGAUGACUAAUCAGUCGACGGAAAUGCGACAGCGCGAGCCGGUGAGACGAUUCGCGUGUCCCGUGGGAUUCUUUCGACUAAAACGGUUCUGUUACUAUUUGAGCGCCGGCACGGCACCAUGGAGGGACGCGUACUUCCAUUGCAAGGACAGAAACGCCACCCUGGCUAUACUGGACAGAAACGGAAAGGAUAGAAUGCUAAGGAAGUACUUGAUGGGGGAUCAGUUCACUAAAUUGGAGCGAUGGAUCGGCGGGAUUUUCAACUGGCAACAAAUGGCCUGGGAAUGGGGUGUAACGGGCGAGAAAAUGGUUUUCCAGAGUUUCGCCAACAUGGAACCCGGAAAAUCGGGGAGAUAUGCGUGGCACUGCAUCAUAAUGGACCCCGCAUUGAAAUACAAGUGGAGCGCGAGAAGUUGCGUCGAACGGAAACAUUACAUAUGCGAAGUGCCCGCCGGUCGUUUAGCCAGAAGACGCAAGAAGUCAGAUCCGUUUGCGCCACAAAACCAAAGAUUAAAGCCUAGGAAGAAGGGGAAAAAGUACUCCGACAGGCAGGAGAGAAUAGACGGAAGAAAAAAGAAUCGUGCAACUUUGAGAAGACAUUGGACGAAUCAAGGAGAUAACCAGCAAUGGGCUCAUGGCGUAAAGUUGGGAUCACGUCCACCUUCCAAUGUCAAAACGACGCAGCUUAGAGAGCGCACGCGGCACCGUUCGAACAGAACCCGUCUGCAACCACCAGUACCAAGGGUUGCUCACAUGUUGCCCCAAAGACGUGAAUACGGCGCCUUUCUUAGCAACGGACCUAAGAGCCAUCAGCGCGAGAAUUUGGAGGAUAUGAACAACGUUCUAUCGCAAUUCCACAAUAAAAUAAACGAUUUUGCGCGGGAGGAAGUUUUGUUAAAACCCUAAAAAAAGAGACAUAAAACUCUUAUCGAUACUUCGUUGUAAUUGUAACCUUGACUUUACUACUGCUUCGUUUGUAACUAAAGAGCUAAUUAAUUUAAAUGUAAACUUUGUCAUGACGAUACACUGUCAACUGCCAAUGCUGGAGCACAUAACUGCUGCUGUAAUCGUAAAAGUAAACUACGUGCGACCAUAAAGAAUUAUUACGAUCAAAGUCACUCUCGGAAUACACUUUUUAAGAUCGCUCAGUUUAGAUACUUGCAAGAGCUUUGAGAAACGAUAUACUGAUUAAUAAUAAACUAUGGAUUAUGAGAACAUAGAUUACAAAACUGAUAUAUCAAUGAACGCAGUAUUCUAUAAAAAUCAUUGUAAGAGAUUCACUCGACACUGUUACUGAUAUUUAUCUAACUAUCUUCUACGCACUUAUCAUAAUAGCAUUAGAGAAAAUUAUUCAUUGUCUCUUUAUGGCUAAUUACCUUCUAACUCACGAUUAUUUUGCGGUCUUGUGCAAUUAAUUAAUUGUAAUUGCGUGAAUAAUUAAUGUACAUCGAUCAAAAAUUUCAUACUCUCGAUAUUCAUCGUCUUACACGAUUCGCAUUGCACGAAUUAAGUAAGCUAUCUCAAUAGUUAAUCAAGCCACAUUUAGCGAUAUCCAUUUACAUUAACCAUAGUGCAUAAUGUUUACAACUGGAUUACGAAUUUUGGUAGCGAAUCAAAAAGAAGUAUCUUUAUUCCUCUCAAUCGUUCUUGCAUAUUAGUCACUUUUCCCGCAGCUUUAUUUGUAAAUAUAUCUAUGUAAAAUCAUCAACAUGUUCGUUAUACUUAACAAUGUACAAUAAAAUACUUAUACAUGAAUUC